AUGGAUGAUAUCUGUAAACUGGUAGAAGCCAUUCCAAUUCAGGAGCUUAAAUACCUGUCCUGCGCAAAAGAGCUUCUUCAGCAGCGAGACCUGCGGAGAAGGUUAUUAGCCAGUUCUCUCAAGCUGAACAGAAGUAGCACAAACACCGGUUUUGCUAGGACAGGGCGGCCACGAACGGGCUCGGGUACUGCUGCAGAUCCUGAUGCUGCUGUUUGUUCUAGCACUAACUGUACUUUAAGUUCUGCUGGAAACUCACCAAGAUCCACAAAACUUCCGUCUAUGUUUUCUGGGACUGUUAAUUCAAGCAAUUUUUCUGCAAAACAAAACGGAAUACCUGGUGGCCUGGCUACCCCUUAUGCUUCCAAGCAAUCCGUUCUGGAUCUCACCCGCGCAGAAACUACAGAACUCUCCUCCAAGAUAGACGUCCGGGAGGGGACGUGGCGCAGCCCGGGCUCCGAGACGUCCUUCGGCAGCAGCUGGUGUGAGAUCCCAGGGGUGGGAAGGGCCGGGAGCCGGCAGCCGCCCGGGAGGCCCCUCACGAGCACGGCUGUGAAGGCGCAGGGCAGAGCCCCCGCUGGCGUCGGCGGGGGAGGCCGUGCCGGGGAUACGGACCUUGAUCUCGAGCAUUUCGAUAUUGGUGAGUUUGAUGAGAGCUGGGAGAAUCUAGGGGACGUUUCAGCACCGCCAUCUGCAGCGUCCUACCAGCCCGUGAGGGAAGGGCCACCUGCCAGAUCGCUGCUCUCAAAGAUCAUUUCAACAGCCAAAGGAUCUGUUCUGGGACCAAACACUAUUACUCCAAAAUCAAACUUCUCGAUGGCAGCUAAAAGCCCUUCAGAUCCACUUGUUAAUAAUCCAGCCCUGGAGCGUUUCAGGGGUGUUAAGUUUUCCCAUUCUGAAGAAAUGAUGAAUAUAUUUCACAAGAAGUUUGGCUUGCACUAUUUCCGGACAAACCAGCUGGAGGCCGUCAACGCCGCGCUCCUGGGCGAGGAUUGUUUCAUCCUGAUGCCCACCGGUGGAGGUAAGAGCUUGUGCUACCAGUUACCAGCGUGUGUGUCUCCUGGAGUCACAAUCGUUAUCUCUCCGUUGAGGUCGCUCAUAAUCGAUCAAGUUCAGAAGCUGAAGACUUUAGAUAUUGCUGCAACGUACCUGACUGGUGAUAUAACAGAUGCGGAUGCUUCAAAAAUAUAUAUGCAGUUGUCCAAAAAAGAUCCUGUAAUAAAACUUCUGUAUGUUACCCCCGAGAAGGUUUGUGCAAGCGGCCGCCUGAUAUCUGCCCUGGAGAACCUGUAUGACAGGAGGCUGCUGUCGCGUUUCGUCAUCGAUGAGGCUCACUGUGUCAGUCAGUGGGGUCAUGACUUUCGGAAGGACUACAAGCGCCUCAACAUGCUGCGCAAGAAGUUCUGCUCCGUCCCCAUGAUGGCUCUCACCGCCACUGCGAAUCCCAGAGUACAAAAAGAUAUCCAGAAUCAGCUCGAGAUGCUGAAACCACAAGUGUUUACCAUGAGCUUCAACAGACAUAACUUGAAAUACGAUGUACUGCCCAAGAAGCCAAAAAAAGUGGCGCUGGAUUGCUUAGAAUGGAUCAGAAAGCACCACCCAUAUGACUCUGGGAUAAUUUACUGCCUUUCGCGGCAUGAGUGUGACACGACAGCUGCCAUCCUGCAGAAGGAAGGGCUGGCUGCGCUCGCCUAUCACGCUGGCCUCACUGACUGCAACAGAGAUCUGGUACAGAAGAAGUGGGUUAAUCAAGAAGGAUGCCAGGUUAUAUGUGCAACCAUUGCCUUUGGGAUGGGGAUUGACAAGCCCGAUGUGCGCUACGUUAUCCACGCCUCGCUCCCAAAGUCCAUCGAAGGUUAUUACCAGGAGUCGGGCAGAGCCGGGCGCGACGGGGAGAUGUCCCACUGCCUGCUCUUCUACAGUUACAGCGAUGUCACCAGGCUCAGAAGGCUCAUACUGAUGGAAAAAGAUGGAAACAGUCACACGAGACAGACACACUUUAACAACCUGUACAGCAUGGUCCAUUACUGCGAGAACGUGGUUGACUGCCGGAGAAUUCAGCUCUUGGCCUACUUUGGGGAAACUAACUUCAAUCCUAACUUUUGUAAAGACCACCCAGAAGUAACUUGUGAUAACUGCAGCAGGAAGAAGGAUUACAAAUCAAGAAAUGUAACGGAUGAAGUGAAGAGCAUUAUAAGAUUUGUACAGGAGCACUGUGGAAUGAAUGGGAAGAGAAAUACGGGUUCUGGAAGGUACACGUUGAACAUGAUGGUGGACAUUUUCCUAGGUACAAAGAGUGCCAAGAUUCAGUCUGGAAUUUUUGGGAAAGGUGCUGCCUACUCCAGGCAUAAUGUUGAAAGACUGUUCAGAAAAUUGGUCCUGGACAAGAUUCUGGAUGAGGACUUGUACAUCACAGCUAAUGACCAGGCUGUAGCAUAUAUAAUCCUAGGAGAGAAGGCCCGGGCUGUGCUAGAUGGAUCACUGCAGGUGGAGUUCCACGAAACCGAAAGCGCCAGUACCAUCAGGAAGCAAAGGGCUUCUGUGGCCAAAAUGUCCCAGCGGGAGGAGAUGGUUAAGAAGUGUCUGGGAGAACUUACAGACACCUGCAAAACCCUUGGGAAAGUGUUUGAUGUGCAUUACUUCAACAUUUUUAGUACUUCAACUCUCAAGAAAAUAGCAGAAACCCUGUCUUCCGAUGUGGAGGUUUUGUUGCAGAUCGAUGGUGUCACAGAAGAUAAACUGGAAAAAUACGGUGCAGAAAUAAUUAAAGUGAUGGAUAAGUACUCCGAGUGGACGACACCAGAUGACACUGUCCCCCAAAGUGGGGACACGGCGCCGGGAAGCACUGGAGCGCUGGAGAGCGAUGACGAGGAGGAAGAUGCAGUUACAACUUCGAGUUAUUUUUGCAAUAACACAAACCAAGCAAAGAAAAGGAAGAGGCGUCCAAACGUCAGAGAAUCCAAGAGGAAAAGGUCGAGCGGUGGUGGUGGCCAGCAGUUUUAUUCCAAAGGUGGUUACAACAAGUACAGAAGGAUCAAGAAGGCAUCGCGCUCCAACGCCGCACCUUUGUCAGGCUCUAGUUCAGCAUUGUACACUGUCAGCAGCCCGCAAGGAAUGGCUGGAAAACUGGGGAUUAUGGCACCCCCAAAGCCCAAAAACAGGCAGUUCCUUCAGCCUUCAUAUUCAUUCUUGUAACUAGCACAUGUAAAUACUGUAUAGAAGUGUACC